CAUACGUAUUAAUACUUAAUUUCAAUUUGCUAUUUUAUCAAAUCAGUAGUACUAUUAAGUUCCCUUUGCAACUUUUCAAAAUUAAAUCUCACCUUUACUCAUUUCAAAAUUUUCAUGAGGAAAAUGUUUUACACAGGUCUUCACAUUUUUCCAGACUGUUGAUGUUAUGCAGCACAAGCUUUUACUAAGACUCGCUCUACAAUUCCACUAAUUAAUUAAACUCCAGUGUGAAAACUGAUCAUUUAUUUCUAUUCAUCUAUUCAUAUAUAGUUUCCCAACAACUAUUUCUCCCCUGUAAAGACCUUUCUUCUUUACUCUGUGACAGUUUAAUUCUUUCAAGAACUUUGGAAAGGCCAUCACAAAUGCUUUCUGAUAACGUAAGUAAAUCUCGCUGUGGUCCACACAUUCUCUGACUGCUCCAAAUAACCCCAAAUAGACUUAGGGACAUUACACGUUUCUGCAGCAUUUGUACAGUAUCCACUUUGUUUGAUUUUUAAAGUAGUUUCUACCAGUUUGCCCAGUACUGUAAGAAAGUUCUUGACAAGCUGGAAAACCCUGAAGAACAUCUAAAGAUGUUAUGUCAGAACAGACACAUGAUAUUAGCUCAUACUGCAGAUACUGAAUCAUCACACUAGCGCCUACCUGGGAACUGAAAAAUUUCCCUGCGAUAGGAUAGCUGACAAGUUAUUAAACGUCACCAUGUCUAAAGGAACAAAUCCAGGGGUUCCUCACUGGCAAAUGAAAAUAAAAUAAUUUUGAUCCCCCAAAUCUGCUGCACCACAAAGAUGAACACAGGAAACCGAAAGCCAGAAACAGAACCUACAGUUAUAUCACUGCUGCGAACAGUAAGACUUCUCCCAGCUUCUCAGUUUCUCACACUGAUUUGUUGAGGCCACUUCACCAAUAAAUUGCAGUUACCAUGUAAGCUUUAUUCCUUCAUUCUUUUAUAUAGAAUGAUAACAAAGUAAAGGAUGAUCUACAGAAGGCCAAAGCUAUCAAGGACAGAUGAGGAAAACCUGUAGCUGAAUGGAAAUAUGCUGCUGUUCCAAUUAGAAAUUAAAAUACAUUGCAUAGUUCUUUCCUAGGAAGUUUAAACUCAUAAUAAGAUUAUAUGUGAUGAAAAAAAAAAAAGGAAGAAAAAAAAAAACUGUAUAGCUCCCAGAUCAACUGUAUAGCUCUCAGAUGAAUCCUACCUAUCCUCAUCCCUGAAUUCGUAAAUCUAUGGUUUCUGGAUUAUCAAGAUUCAAGAUUUUACUCCUCCUUUUAAUCACUGUUUACAGUUUUCAUCGUAGAAGCUGGGUGUCAUGAUGUAUUUAGCACGAAGGGCCUCCAUGUAUUUUUCUCUAUAAUCUCUUUGCUUUCCCUUACUAAGUGUUUGUCAAACAAAACUCAUUAAACAAAGUAGUCCUUUAUUCUCUGCUAGAUGGAACUAAGAGAGGGAACAAACAACAGUACUGCACUUGCUGUAGAGAACAGAAAAAACAACACUCCAAGAAAUCUUGUUAAUACACGCCAAUGCAGCUUUAUAUGAGAAGGGACAGUUCCACUCAAGAGAAACUGUAUUUUUCCAGGACAUCUACAGUGAAGAAGACAUCGCAGAACUCCCAACCAGCAGUAAGUGCUACGCAAACAGGAACGCAGGAUAACUGUGUAUUUUAUUACACUUGCAGUGCUUAUAGUUGAAUUUAUCAUGCCUUUAAUUGAGUUCACCCCAUUAAUUAUAAUAUAUGAUUACCAUUUGCAGUGCUUUGGGUUUAUGUUUGCAUGCUCGAAAAUGCUGAAAUUUUAAAAAGGAUGUAAUAAAAAGGCUAACUCGAGAUCCUAAUUAGCUCUUCCAGAAUAUGCUUUUGAGUGAUUUUGAGCUACCUAGACAUGUCAGUUCCUUCUGUAAAAGGAAGAUAAGACAACUUUCCCAUGGGCCUGAUACAGCAAAUGAUAUGUUUUUGCCAAAGCACCUCUUCACAGACUGAACAAACUGAAGGGAUCUGGCAAUAGGAAAGACUUGGAAAUAAGAUUUUAUUUAUUUAUUGCAAAUAGAGUAGCUGUUAACAUAUUCACCUUAACUAUAAUCAUUUGAUAUAUACAUAUGUUUAUGCUGGACAGAGUUAGCACAUCCUUAAACAGUUACCUGAAUUAAGAAAAAUAUAUAAAUUCUGGUUUAUUACUAACGCUGCACUACAAAAUUAAAGAAUUACUUGAUAUGUAAUGCUACUAAAGACACAGCGAUAAAAAAAAUGCAGUUUUAUGUACAAAAAGGUGAAAUAAGAGUAUAAUGCCACUGUUAUUUUGUGCUCCACUUAAUUCAACUUUAUCCCUAUUGUUAUGGCUUUUCAAAAAAAAAAUUAACAAUACUGAACAACAACAUUAAAACUGGUUUAUUUAGACAGAAUGUCUGAGAAAGCAUAAGGACUGCUCCUUCUUUAUCAGGCUGAGAAAAAACAAAACCUGCCAAUUAUACAGCCCCACUCAAAAGGCAGGACACCUUUUCUAAUCCUCAUCACUGGUUUCAAAACAUUUUUGUUCAUCUGCUAUCCCAACAACUGAUGUAACACCAAUGGUUCUGUCUUCACAGGUGUGUCCUACUACCCAAAUGUUCUACUCUGUCAAAUUAAACUUAACCAAUGCAAGAUUUUUUUUUUAAACAACUUUUUUAAAACUUCCACUGUAUGGCCAAUUUGCAAAUUAUUUCCGAUAGCCUUCUGAUUAAAAAUGCACUUACACAACUGAGUUGCUCCGUAACAGUAUUAAAACCAGUAUUUUAUUUUAUAGACAACAACACAUCGUAUUCAUACUUAGAAUGGACUUGCUAAGACUGUUGAUCUAUGCCAAGGUCUGAGAAGCACUGACUGAAAAUAAAACAGUGAUUCAGAAAUGUUACUUAUACGGCUCCAGCCUUGGCUACAAAGCUGCCAACCAGUUACACACGUUUACAGGAGAGAAACGGGCAGACAAAAGGGGACAGCAGAUAACCAUGGCAUCGGCAGGUCUGCAGUUCUUUGCUUUUAUGCUGGCUUUGUUUGGUGCUUUUGGAGACAUCGCAGCCACCUUGCUGCCAAACUGGAAGGUAAACGCAGAUGUUGGUUCAAAUAUCAUAACAGCUGUAACACAGAUGCAAGGACUUUGGAUGGACUGCACGUGGUACAGCACCGGGAUGUUUAGCUGCACCCUGAAAUACUCCAUUCUCUCGCUGCCCGUCUAUAUCCAGGCUGCACGGACCACCAUGGUACUGUCUUGCAUCCUGUCAGCUUUUGGCAUCUGCAUCACUACUGUUGGAAUGAAAUGCACAAAACUGGGAGGGGACACUGACAGCAAAAGUCACACUUGCUUUGCUGGAGGAGUCUGCUUCGUUCUUGCGGGAAUCUUUGGAUUAGUACCAACAUCGUGGUACACGAGAGAAAUCAUUUCGAAUUUUCUGGACCAGACCAUUCCAGAAAGCAGUAAACACGAACCGGGAGGAGCGGUUUAUACAGGAUUCAUUUCAGCAGGGUUUCUGCUUAUUGCAGGUGUCAUCUUCUGCACUUCCUGUUUCAAAAAGCAGCAAGGAGCAUGGAUUUACCCUCCAAAGCAGCAGCAUUUCCCAUCCACACAGCAGGAGAACAAUGCAGGUUACAACUUGAAGGACUACGUGUAAAUAUAGUUGUUUCUAUCCAUUGAGGUGUUUUUUUUGUGUGUGUUAAGUGUAGUUUGAUUACUUUAAAGAAUGUCUAACACUUAAAUUUUCUUACAUCUGGGCUGCAGUUAUAUUUACGCAAGGUAUUUUGGUUUUAGUGAGAUCAGCAGAAAGAACGAGGUAGGAAACAAUGCUUAAGUCUCCUGCAAGAGUACUUUUCGGUUGAUUUUUCAAACCAUUCUUUUCAACUUUCCAAGUAACAUUUGCUGGAUAGAAAGGAAUUAUUUCAACAUAAGCAACAGCACAAUUAAUGUAAUAGUGGCUUGGUACAGCCAAGAUGCUUAAAAACAAUCUAUUUAUCAAAUCAGGCUAUCAGUAACACAGAAUGCUUUAUAGAGUAUUUUACUUUUUAUCUAUGAUGCAAGGAAAAA